ACAUUCGUAUGAGGCCAUUUAAAGCUGGAAGGCGUAAAUAUGAAAAGGAUAAUAUGAAAAGAUGGAAUUUUAUAUGAGCAAUAACAAGAGACCCGAACGGAAAAAUUGUAAGUAUAUAUAUUCGUAUAAUCUUACGAUGUGCGAUUUGUAACUAAACUAAAAAAUCAUUAUCAAACAAAACAUAGAUUGCAAAUGACGAUUAGAAAAUACAGGGGUUUUGGAGUGCAUUGUCACCUUUCAAACGUCCUUUUAAAAAUAAACUAAGGUGAAAGAGAUGACGAUUCAUUUCAGAUUCAUAAGAAUUGCCAUGAAGUAAAACUAAUGAUGUUCUACAAACACUAACCCACUUAUAGAAAUAGCAAUAGUCUAAGAUACUCUAACAAAGACACCUCGUCAUAAGAGGGUUGUAUGACCCACUUUUAAAAGUCCUGUACAGUUUUUGUUUGUUUGAACGGCUGCCAAUAAAGUACCGUGACUUAGAAUUCAGAGAUAGAGAAGCAUUGAGAUUACGGGAGAUUGCAGGGCAAUUGUGUUCUAUUGUUAAGUCGGUUGGGGUACAACAUAUAGUCAGUGAGUAACCGUAGUGUUGUUUAAUAUGGCAAAUCCAUCCAGAACAAGUUUUGUCAGGAUCAGAUCACCGUCAAUCGGGUGAUUUAAAACCCGGAAUUUAUUCAGUUUGAAAAGGGUGUUGUUUAACAGCGAUUCGGUAGAUCAACAGAGCAGUCAGGUGACCUCCCGAAUGACUGGGUGUUUUGAAGGACAGGCAGUGAAUGUGUUUAUCUUACGGGUGUAUAGUGAUAGUGAAAGGAGAAAAGUUCACCAGGAGUAGUACAUGAGCAAUUCAAAACUUCCGGCUUACUGUACAGUUCACAAACACGCCGGUGACUUACGAAUAAGUGAAAAGAUUCACUUUGUGUGUACCAAAAGCUAUUUUGAUGAAUACGUUUUUAUCGAUACUAAUUAACGAAUCAACAAGCGACCAUUUAACUUUAUAAUUAUACGACUGUAAAUCAUGGAGAUAACGGUUACCUCCCCCUAAUCAGAGUAAGUAUGUGUGUACUAUAGCAGGCUGUUAUCUUAUCUCCUGUACAGGCCAGUAGAUGUCACAGAUAUUGUGUGUAGUUAGGAAUUAGAGUGGCAUCGCUAUAGGAUAGUUUGUAAUAUUUAUUACUCACAGUUUAAUGGACUGAUCAGCUGAUACAAGUAUGUAGUAUGUAACAUAUCAUAUGUUUAUUAACUAAUGGAUUAAGCGGAGGAUUUUGUCACAGGAGAAUUGCAGAAGAGGAUUUAAGUAUUUUUUGGAGAAAGGAAACUGCAACGGAAGUUGCUUUUAAAAUACGUAGCACAGUGUUCACCAACAUUCAACAAUGUGUUGACCAAAUGCAUUUUCUCAGCAAUCUCGAUCUGUUGUGUAAAUUGUACAGUCAUGAUAUGUGGAAAGGAUGUGUGCGUUUUUGUUUGAUUUGAGUUGAUAAACAGAUGUCGGUGUAAUCAACUCCUAACACCAGUAAAUCUAACAUCUAGAAAUGAACACGAAUAUAAUACUACUUCAUUUGUGUUUCUCCAUAUUAACAAAGAGGUAGCUAACUAUUCAUCUAAAAGUACAAAGCAGUUACAGUACAUGCAUGGAUACAUGUAAUAAGACACUAAAAUAUUUAUUUUUGCUUGCUUUAUGUUAUGGUGUAUGUCACAGGGACAUGUAUAUUUGAAACUAUACCCUGCGAUUUUCAGGCAUGUUGCAUGAAGUGGAACUGAACAGUCUAGACGUCUCCAAUCUGUUGUGGGAUAUCCAAAAAACAUGCGUGACAAACGAGGACAUCGAAUUGUUGUGGGAAAUCAAAAAUGUCUGGCUGGUCAAAAACAAGGAUAUGGAAGACCGAUACGAGAAGAAACGGGACCUAAUGAAAAGUUUGGGAAGAUCUGACGAUCAGACACAAGAUGACCUGCUAUUUAUGGCAGAGGGAUGGAACAACGUCAACAACAUUUGCCAGUAUGGUCCACGUUGUCGGGAAAAGAAGAACAAUGUGCUUGGCGACACACAAUAUGGAAUUCACAUGAAUAGACACUAUGACAUUUUGGCUCGAUUUAUGGCAUUCAAGAACUUUCAGCAAGCAAACUACAUAGUAGUACUAAGGGCAAUGCUUGGACGGGUAAAGAAAGUGAAGCCUUUUCUUACAGGAGAGUAUGGAUGUAUAGCACCAACGCCAAAUUAUGACUCGCAUAUAGCAGAGGAUGAACCGGACUUGUCAAGCAUUGACAUAUGCGAUGCCAUAGCAUACAAUUUUGUCUACAUGUAUGAAUAUGACGAAGAAACGAUUUUACCAAUGCAUUACCCAUCACAUGUACUUCCACUUGCUGUUAUUCGGUUGUUUCGAACCAGAAAUAGGUUAGUUCGUCCCUUAAAAUACAAAAGAGAGAAGGACCUUGCAAACAGCAAAAAUGUCCAGCGUCUUAACAACGAGACAAAACCCUUAAAACAUUUGCCAAGAGCAGCACCGUACAAAAAGUAUGUAGUGGAAGGUAGACGUUCUGGGACAAAGUUGAUAUCAGACGUACCAAUAGAACCGCCAUCUGACAAACCUCCCACAGAAACAACAAGAAAACUUGAGAAAUUCCGCAGAACCUCUGUUAUUUGUGGAGGAACGGGUUUGGGACACCUGUUUUACAAACGACCUUUUAACAAAAUGCCUAUAUCUUGGCAACGAAAGUUUGGUUUUCAUUCCAAAAGGAGAUCAAGACAAAAGAUGAAUACAAGGAAAACAGAGAAACGACGGUCAAGGUCAUCAAGUAAAGAAUCUAAAAAACGUAAAAAAUCAAUUUCCAGAAGUCCAACCCCGCCACCAGCUUCACGUGACAAGAACUUGUUUGAAAUAUUUGAUAAAUCUUUACUUAACCAGGAAGAUUUUUCAAAUGAAACUAGUAGUUUUAACCCAGGGAAACCAAAUGGACAUAUUUUGAGGCAGCAAACAGACCUAACCGUCGAUCAUUAUAUGACAUCAGUCAGCAGUGUUGACACAGGAUGCAAUGAGACAGGGAAUCGAACUAUAUUCGGCAGCCAUACACCAACACAAGAUGAACGGUAUUGUAAAGAUAUAGAUAGUCUGUCGUCAAAUAGCGAACUGGGUAUGAACAGUGGAUCAAAUAACAAGCAUACAUCAGAAACUCCACAGAUGUGUAUGGAACUGAAAAAUAGCAGUCGGAGACCGGAUGACAACCACUGGAUGAGAUCAAAUGAGUUUUCGAGUUGUUUUACUCCAGAAAGUGCGACAUCUACACAUGAGUUGCCAAAGAAAGAAACUAUCAAAGAAGUUUCUGCGUCAUCAAAUGUUAACAGUUCAUCAGGUUUACAGCAUACUCCAGUGGGACCCAUUUAUCAGCUUGUCCGAAUUACAAUUGACGAACCAGAUACUCAAAGUAUAUAUCACGAACUGAGAGGAAUAAAGCUACCGACUUGUGAUAAAAAGACAAUAAAGGACCCAAGAAUACUGCGUGCUAUGGGUUGUAUCAUUGAAAGUCCUGUUAUGGCUGGUUUUGGACCUUUUCUACGUCGAAUCAAAAAUGAACCACCAGAUGAUCCAAGUUAUGAAACCAAACCUAAGAAUAUUCUUCCUCUUGAAUCCAUCAAAAAGGAACCAGCAGAAUCUGGAGAAAAUGAGGAUGAUGUCGAGAAAGUGUUGAAAGAACUUGAUGACGCUAUAAAAGCAAUUCAACAUAAAAAAGAUGAAGUGGGUUCCACAACAGAAGAUAAAAACGACAACGAAAGUACAAAAGAUUGUAAAGAUGAUAAAACUGUGGAUGACACAAAAGCAAAACAGCAGAGCACUACCGAGGAUGACAAAAUACGAGAGGACAGUAACGAUGAUUUUCUUCCAAGAAACAAGGGGUUUUCUUCAUAUCUUCCAGAGUACAGCAAAGACAGUGACUACGAAAGGACAAAGCGGCUUUUGACUGAAGUAUUUGGUGACAAGGCAUUGUCACCGACCAAAAAGGUACCCAUGAGUAUGUCCGACUAUUUUGGGAGUAGUAAUCCAAACGUUAGUAUAAAUUCCACAACGGAAACCAAUAUUGAACACCGACUGUCGGAUAUCCGUUCCGAUUCUCAACUAAUACAUACGACUCAGAUUACAAAAAAAAGUCCAGAAAAGGAAAUUGAGCACAUUAGCAAAGCAAAGAAUUCUACAGAGGCGAAGUCUCCAGUCAUCACUCCCGAGAACAAAAAGAAAGAAAAGCAUAAUGAAAAAAUAACUUCAUCGAGUUCAGGCGUGUCCAGACCUAGUAAACCAGAUAAUGAAAACGCCAAUCGCCCUAUCAAAAUCAAAUCGGAACCAAAAAGUGUCAGAGAAACUAGUAAAGAACGAAGCAGUUCUAAAUCUCUUCAUUCGUCACACAAAACCAGAAGUAGAAGUAGAUCGCACUCGCAGUCUAAAACAGACAAAAGAAAAUCCAAGAAAUCCAAAAAGAGGUCAUUUAAAUCCGAGUCUUCAAGUAAAACUGGGCGUGAUCGCACUAGGUCUAAUUCGCCAUGUGCCAAAAAGAAGAAGCAUGAAAAACACAAAUCUGAAUCUUCUCAAUCGCUUGAGAAAAAACGAAGUAGGAGUAGGUCACAGUCACAUAUUUCUAGAGAAAGGAAAAGAUCUGGAAGCUUGUCAAGCCAGGGUCGUUCAUGGUCGAACAGUUCUAAUGGUAGCAAAACAAGACAAAAGCAUAAACUGUGCAGCAGCGUCAUCAAAGUUAGUAAUGGAAGUAAAUCAAGAAGAAAGUCUCGAGCUGAUGAAAUAAUCGCACGAGAAAAUUCACCUGGACGCCUACAGUACCUCGAACAAAGAAGAAAGCUGGAUACAUCAAAACGUAUACUCACAAAAGCUAAACGUUACCAAGAAGAGGAAAUUGUGAGGAGGUAUAAUAGUGAAAUAGAAACAGACAUUCAUUAUCAAAGUGUAUUUGAUAAAACACGGCUUGAUCUAGACGACACAAUGAAUACGUUCGGCGAUCACAUGGGUUCCUAUACUGAUAUUACGGAGAACACAGGUUUCUCGGAUAAUAGAGCUGCUACAACAAGCGACGAAACCGUUGUAAAUUCGACCUUAUCAAAAGCCAUGACAAGUUUACUGAAGAAAAUUGUGUUCAGGGAUAAUUGUAAUGAAGAUGACAGUGCAGAGGGGAGAAUGGCAGACAUGGUAAUAGAAUUGGUGAAAGACCAGAUGAGCAAGGAGUUAAAACCUGACGUACCAACAACAGGUCCAUCCACAUCGACAGGGCAGUGUCAAUCAGUACAUCCAUUUGUACCAUACUUGACGCAAGAAAGGAGCAUGGAUGAGUUGUAUAGCUCAAAUCCGUGGAAUGCAACGGCAAGUAACAGUAAAAAUGAUGCACCUUUUAAUCGAAAUGAAUAUUAUGACGAUUACAUGGAACAAACAUAUCAGAACGAAGGACCAGUUGAUGAUCGAAGUGCUCUCCCUAGUUUUCAUGCAAGAGGACCAGCGUAUCCACCAAGAUUUCUUUCCAGUAUCUCUCGACAAGAACACUACGGCGAAUCUCAUCGAAGUUCGUACAGAGGAAAAUUGUAUUCUUACAAAAUGCCGGAGAAGACACGAGGAUCAUCUUACAGGGGCAGGAUUACGUCAAAACGUGGCAGUUUCCACCCGAGAGGACGGCGAGGAAAGUCUCGAUCAAGAGCCAGAGGUCAUCCGAGUUACUCGGAUUCUUCACACAACCGAUACACUAAAGAUAAAAACAAUUACGAAAAGAAAUGAAAUGGUCUCAAGACAAUCAUCUUGUUAUAACAUUUCAUGUGUGCACUUAUAUUCAUAGAAAUUAGAAAGGAAAUUUGUUGGCGAUUAUUCAUGAUUUUCCAUAGUGAUUAGUGAUACUAUACUUUAAUGUCUUUCACACCCUGUAUUAUUCAUAAGAAGUGUGUAUAAUUCAAAUAAAAUGUGAAAUGAUAAAGUAA